AUGGAGAAUGAAGAAGGAAGAGACAUUCUUAUUUUUGGUAAAAGGAUUCGAGUAGGAGGAGAGAACAAUGGGUCUUUUUCUCAUGAGAAUGGAAAUGAGAAAGGAGAAAAGAGGAAGUACAUUAAAUCUUUAAUGCCCAGGAUUCUUUGGACCUCUGAUUUGCAUGAUAGUUUUCUUCGUGCAGUGCAACAACUUGGAGGUCCCAACAAAGCAUCCCCCAAACAACUUGUAGAGCUCAUGGGUGUUGAAGGGCUUACCCACCCUCAAGUGGAAAGCCAUCUACAGGGAUAUAGAUGUAAACUUCAAAAGCCAACAUACAAGCUUCCUCAAUCAAAUGCAGCUUUAGUGGCUGUAAAGGACUGCAAAAUUGAUGAUUUUGAUUUUGAUUUGAGAACUUGUAGGUUAAUCGUACUGAAAAAACUCUUAUUAUAA